CGGGCGCAUCCGUGACGUCAUCAGCGCGCUGUUCUCGUCCCUUCAGAGCUGUAGCCGUGCGCGUGCAGAACCACAACAGGGAACAACAACAACAACAAACAAACAAACAAACAGUCUCACAGUAAACAGAACACGCAGAGUUCUGGGCGGCUUUACGAGCGAUCGCGGACUUGGAGCGGUGAGGAAGUGAAGAGUGAUGGCUGGGUUGAUGUCCGGGUUCGGCAGCUUUACGCACGCCGUGGUCCGUGCGGUCCCGCAGUCUCUGGCCAAAGAAGCGCUCAGGACCGGCAGUCAGGAGGUGGACCUGCUCAAAGUGCGGGAGGAGUAUGACGAAUACGUGUCGGUUCUAAAGCACCGGCUCGGGCUGGAGGUGGUGGAGCUGCCCGCGGAUGACGCGCUGCCGGACUCCGUGUUCGUGGAGGAUGUGGCGGUGGUGUGCGGCGACACGGCGCUCAUCACCAGACCCGGAGCCGAGAGCAGGAGGAAGGAGACAGAGGCCAUGAAAACUGCGUUGACUGAGCUUGGCCUCAAUAUAGUGGAGAUGACCGAUGAAUCGGCCACGCUGGAUGGAGGAGACGUCCUGUUCACAGGUAGAGAAUUCUUUGUUGGAUUAUCAAAGAGGACCAAUCAGAGAGGAGCAGAGAUCCUGGCCGACGUGUUUAAGGACUACGCCGUGUCCACGGUUCCCGUUCAGGACAGACUUCAUCUGAAGACUGUCUGCAGCAUGGCCGCACCGGGUCUCAUUGCCAUCGGAUCCAGCGAACCUGCGCAGAAAGUGCUGAAGAUCAUGCAGCAGAUGAGUGAUCAUAAAUAUGAUAAACUGACGGUUCCUGAUGAUUAUGCUGCAAACUGCAUCUACAUGAACCUGCCGGGUAAAGGAGACGUCCUGCUGCACUGCACACCGGAGGAGUUUCCUGAGAGCGCCAAGGUGUUUGAGAAGCUGAAGGAUCACAUGCUCAUCCCAGUGAACAAUCAGGAGAAGGCAAAGGUGGACGGAGGGCUGACCUGCCUCUCAGUGCUCAUCAACAAGAAGAACAACAUCUAAGAGACGUGCAGAAACUUGUGUGUGUGCCCCACUCAAACAAAAUAAAUCAGAUUUCAGUUUCAUUUGCAGGGAAGACAAUAUAAAAACUUAUUUCAGGUCUCAAACCAGAUGCUUUAUAAUAUGUGAGGAAAAUAAAAUACAUUUAUUUUUCUAACCACCAACAAUGACUGGUUAAACUAGUCUCCAGGCCAGCCAUCCUGACUAGUUCAACCAGUUCGGUCAUGGUGGCCGUCCAUCUAUUGACCUUUUUUAGAAACAAUCAGUCUUUUAAAAGUAUUACAAUUUUGAUUGUUAUAAAAUCUAAUUUGCGCUAAACCUCAAAAUGUAGCUCUAAACUGCUUAAAUCAUCUGGAUCCACUCAGAAUGCCUGAACCGAAAGUGUUUAUCACAUUUAGCGUCUAUCAAGCCCCAUAAAUGCCUGUUUUUAAACAAUGAAUGUUGAUUUUGUGUUGCCUAGACUGCAGAGCAUCACCUUCAUAAAUAGAUUUAUAGAGCAUUUGAAUUGUAUUUUCUGCUGAAGCGAUGGAAUAAAUAUAUUCGCCGACCGCGCAGUUGUGAUGUGCAAAACAAGCCAUAGUGAAAAGUGCUUUUAUUGAGUAAAUGAAGCAAAAAAUAGUGUUUUAUGGAUUUAUUUUUAAGUACAAUUCGUGCAUGUCCUGAGAACCCAGAUAAUAAUAAUUAAAAAAACAAAACAACUAUGUGACCGUUUCAGAAAAAAACACUUCACUAGGGGAAAGUAGCGAACAUUUUGGAAAUGUUAUUUUUGAAACUUCUCUGAAACUAUUAAGUUGUAACAUUUUAAAAAAUGCCUAAUUGAAUUUGAAUUCAAAUUUGACUUCAAAUACUGUUAAUGUUACCGGAAGAACAUUUGUUUGUAACUUUAAGAGAACCUUGCCAGAAUGUUCUAAAAACGUUCUCUGUUAGUUUGAAAAGUGUUUGGAAUAGAAUACUAGUCAGCGCAUAUUGAAUUUUUGUGUUUUAACCUAAAAAAAGAGGUUGAUGUUGACAAUCACCAUUGAUAUUAUUUGGUUAGUUUGGUUGCCGUUACAGGAAAUAGAAGGUCAGCUGAUGCAAAGUGCAUUGUGGGAUACAGUAUUGCAGAUGUAGCAGGUCAUCCAGGUAUUCCAUACAUGCAGAACAUUUGCAGACUAUGCAAUCUUUACAUACUGCGGAAGUAGAGUAGUACACCACUCGAUUCAUGAUCCUCAGGUGCUGAUUGGAUGCUUUUCCUCACUGUGACAUCAAUCUAAACUGUGAUGUCCAGUCAGACGUUUGCCAACACUUACACUAUUAAAAAAAAAAAAAAUUUGUUGAGUCAACUUAAAAUAUUUUGUUACACUGCUGCCUUAAAGGAGAAGUCCACUUCCAGAACAACAAUUUACAAAUAAUUUACUCAACCCCUUGUCAUCCAAGAUGUUUACAAAUAAAAUUUGUAUACUUUUUAAGCAUAAAAGCUUGUGUGGCACAGGCUCUGGGAUGCACUUCCACGGGUCGUUCUUGAUCGAUUCGUUCAUUUUGAACGUGACUCGGGAAGAACGACUCAUCUCGGGAAGUGAUUCGUUCAGUCGCGCAUGCGCAACAACCUGUUAGGUUCUGUACUGGAAUUAGUUCACCUGUUUCGAGUCUUAGGGUUUUUCGAGUCAUUCAUUCAUCUUAUGGGGCUGUCACAUGAUGCUGAUUUUGCCAAAAUUAACGAAAUGACUCAAAAAAAGAUUUGAUCCGAACUUCCCAUCACUACUACGAAUCACGUCUAAGUUCAUCGUCUGUGUACUCCGGCUCAAAAAGGUAGAGUAUGUCAAAAAACUUCAUCUUAUUUUCUCCUACAACUUCAGAAUCGUCCGACAUCGUUGUACCUUUUUGUUUGUAAACAGCAUUUGACUUACGUGUACUUUCUUAGUCUUUGUACAUUCGCUUUGUAAACACUGAGUCUGUGGUUCCGUCUACGUUCCACGUGACCUUUCGACGUGAUUCAAUAAUAAUACGUGAACGCACAUCCCAGAACCUGUGCUACACGAGCUUUUGUGCUUAAAAAGUAUACUAAUUUUUAUUUUCCAAAAAAAAUGAGAUCGUUUCGCUAAAUAUGACCCUUCUUCCUCGGCUGGGAUCGUUUAGAGCCUUUGAAGCUGCAUUUAAACUACAUUUUGGAAGUUCAAAAUCGGGAGUCCAUUAUGUUAUCUGUAUAUCCAUUAUAUGGAGAAAAAUCCUGAAAUGCUUUCCUCAAAAACCAUAAUUUCUUCACGACUGAAGACAGAAAGACAUGAACAUCUUGGAUGACAAGGGGGUGAGUAAAUUAUUUGUGAAUUGUUGUUCUGGAAGUGGACUUUUCCUUUAAAAUUUUAAGUGAAGUCAACUUAAGUUUAGUCAACUUGAAAUAUUAAGUUGUACAAAGUCGCAACUUAAAUAUUUGAGUUCGCUAAAGUAAAAAUUUGGUUUGUUCAACUUAAAAGCUGGGCUUGUUACCCAGCUGCCUUAAAAUUUUAAGUUCAAUCAGCUUUUUCUGAGUUGACUGAACUUAAAAUUUUAAAGGCAGCCAGGUAACAAAUUAUUUUAAGUUGACUCAACACAUUGUUUUUUACAGUGUAUGUAAUUAAACAGCAUGCCAGUAUUGGUGCAUGCAACCUUGACACAGUGGAUGGCUAUGUUGUGUAUUGGUACAUUUGCA